AUGGCAGCAGCAAUUGUUUUUGCUAUCAUUUCUCUCUCAACCCGUUGCCUUACUGAUGCUCAAAAUGUUGGCUUCAGUGUCGAAUUAAUCCACCGUGACUCCAUUAAAUCUCCCUUUUACAAUCCUUUCGAAACUACCUUCGAUCGUGUCACCAAUGCCUUUCGUCGUUCCUUCAGUCGUGUUCAUCGUUUCUAUCCGAAUUCCAUCACAACAACGGAAGCAAAUCCCGAUAUUAUCGUCAACACGGGUGAGUAUUUGAUGAACAUAUCACUUGGUACCCCAAGUUUCAGUGUUGUUGCACUUGCUGAUACAGGAAGUGAUCUUAUUUGGACUCAAUGCUCGCCUUGUUCACAGUGCUUCAAGCAAGACGCACCACUUUUCGACCCAACCAAAUCAUCCACUUACAGAAAGAUGUCUUGUAGUUCAAAUUCAUGCGAGAACAUUCAAGGGGGCACUUGUGCUAGUCCUACUGAUACUUCUUGCAUUUAUUCAGUUACUUAUGGUGAUAAUUCUUUCUCAAAAGGUGAUAUCGCUUAUGAUAUACUCACCUUGGGUUCGACAACUGGUCAGGCAGUGGCUCUCCCUGACACAAUCAUUGGAUGUGGAAACAACAAUGCUGGUACAUUCAGUGGUAAAGCCUCUGGUAUCAUUGGCCUUGGAGGUGGCGAAAUUUCACUUAUUAACCAAUUGGGAAGUCCCAUUAAUGGCAAAUUCUCAUACUGCUUGUUACCAAUGACCCAAAUAGGAAAAUCCAGCAAAAUGAACUUUGGGUCUAAUGCAAUAGUUUCAGGACCUGGAACUGUUUCAACUCCAUUAAUUGAAAAAUCCCCCACCACCUUUUACUUCCUUACACUUAAGGCCAUUAGUGUUGGUACCCAAAGAAUAGAGUUCAAAGGCUCCUCUUUCGGAACAGACGAAGGCAACAUAGUUAUUGAUUCAGGCACUACAUUGACUCUUCUCCCAUCAGAUUUUUACUCACAACUGGAAUCAGCCAUGGACAGCCAGUUUAAUGGUAUAAGGGCUCAAGGUCCCCAGGGUUUUAAUUUAUGCUACGUUGCUAUACACGAAUUUGAAGCACCUGAAGUUACAGUACAUUUUGCUAAUGCUGAUGUGAAAUUAAAGACCUUGAACACCUUCGUCAAGGUUGAUGACUCAACUGCUUGCUUCGCUUUCAGUCCUGCGCAGAAUAUUGCGAUUUAUGGUAACUUGGCUCAAAUGAAUUUCUUGAUUGGAUAUGAUACUAAAUCACAGACGGUCUCGUUUAAGCCCACUGAUUGCUCCAAGAAUUAG